AUGGCUCGUCCUUCCGUCUGUAAUCCACUUUCGUACCUUAUCACACGACAGAUCGACAAUAAAGUUGAUCAUUGCAAACGUCUAGUUAACGCUAGAUUCGAAACCUCUGAAACUCUAUUCAGAAAGGAUCUUUUAUCUCAUUAUGGAUGUGUUAAUGCAAUUGAAUUUUCGAAUCAGGGAGAUCUUCUUGUCUCCGGUGGCGAUGACAGGAGGGUAUUAUUAUGGAGAGUGGAACAGGCAAUAGACGGUGUGGGUAAACCUGCAGUGAUGAAAGCUCAACAUAUUAGCAACAUUUUUUGUCUUGGUUAUGACAACAGUAAAACAAAAAUAUUUUCUGCAGGAAACGAUGAUCAAGUCAUUGUUCAUGAUUUACGAACGGGCGAUGUUGUAAAUUUCUUUUUACAUGAAAAGCCUGUGUACGGCUUAUCGGUCCAUCCACACAACGAUAAUGUGUUUGCUAGUGCUUGUGAUGACGGAAGAGUUCUUAUUUAUGAUAUAAGAGGUUCCAGUGCUAUGGAAACUUUUUGCUUGGCAAAAUACAAAACUGCGUUUCAUUCUGUAAUGUUUAAUCCUAUGGAGCCUAAGAUGCUUGCUACCGCCAAUGCAAAAGAAGGUGUUGGCAUGUGGGAUGUCAGAAAACUUUUGGAACCUGUGUUACGUUAUGGAAAUGAAAGCUCAGCACAGAGUUGUAUGAAUGUUAGUUUUAAUGCAGCAGGUAAUAGAUUAUUAGCUUUGAGAAGAAGAUUACCACCUGUACUUUAUGCAGUCGAUUCUCCUACACACUUAUGUCAAUUCGAUCAUCCUGGAUAUUAUAAUAGCUGUACAAUGAAAUCGUGUUGUUUUGCUGGAGAUAAUGAUGAAUAUGUUCUUUCUGGUUCUGACGACUUCAAUUUGUACAUGUGGAAAAUUCCCCCUGAAGGUGUAAAAUGGGUAGAAUCUGCACAUAUGGUAUUACGUGGUCAUAGAUCCAUUGUUAAUCAAGUACGAUACAAUCAGGCUAGUUGCAUUUUUGCUUCUUCUGGAGUUGAAAAAAUUAUUAAAAUCUGGAGUCCAUUUUCUCUUGGACCUAGCUGUUUGGGUGGAUUGAAGAAAGACGCAGGUCCUCGAAUCAGGCAACGUAGAGUAUUUACUCACGAUGAAUAUAUUGGAUUAGUAUUACGUAGCGGACAGUUUAUGACACACGACUAUAGUCAUCAAUCAACUAGAGAAGAUCCAAGAAUGAUGGCAUUCUUUGAUUCUUUAGUACAACGUGAGAUUGAGGGUUGGAGUUCUGAAUACAUGACAUCAGCACCAGAAACACCUAGCGACUCUGAAAAUAAUCCUCCAACUGAACGUGCUUAUAACGCAACUGAUUCUGAUGAUCCAGCAACAUCUGAUCGUCAAUUGAUAUUACGUAUUUUGGAAUCAGCAGGGAGUGGAUUAGUUCCUGAAAGACCUUUAGGGUCUCCAAACCGCAUAACACGACUUAUAGCAAAUCGCAGAGAAAAACUGAUGAGACUUGCAGCUAUGGAUUGCGGGGCACCAUUAAAUAAUAUUUCUUCUGUGGCUCCUGGUCUAUCUGGAUCCGAUUCUGCUAGUGACGGGGAAAAUGCACAAACAAAGUGUAGAUCGAAAUCAAAAUUAAAAAUAAAAGGAGUAAAGAGAAAACAUGAUAAAAUUAUGUAUUCCGCAAGAAGGAGUAGGAGGGCCAGAAGAAAGUGUGCUGUGCUACAAAUUAACAGUGACUCUGAUAGUGACGAACAACCUGUUGAUACAACACAGCCUAGUACCAGUUCCGGUGUAAUUUCUAGAAGAUCACGAUAUGUUACAAACGCAAUCGAAAGUGACACAAAACAUUCAAGUUACAGCAGUAGCAGUUCAGAGGAUAAUGAUAGUUCUAGUAAGCGAAAACGUUCAAAACCUGAUUCCGAUACUUCUACAACAGUGCAUAGAAGGAAGCAUGGAAAAUGUAAGAGUAACUCAAGAAAUGAUAUUGCUAAAAGCAAAAGCAAACGUCAACAGAUUGAUUGUGAUACAGACGAAGAAAAGUCGGAUUGGAAGAUUUAUUUAAGCGGUGUUACCACAACAAAGAUUCAAGAAGAUAGUCCGUCAACGCCUGUAAACAAAUCAUGCAAAGUUCCUUCAACUCCCGACAGCGGUAUUACAUCAGGAGUAUCGACAGUUGAAAAGAAUGGUGAAGAAGCACAGAAAGAGCAGAACGACGCAGAGAGUUCGGAUCAUGAACAGAAAUUGAUGAGUUUAGAGUGUUUUAGGAAGAAAGUGGAUGUAGCUAGAAGGAGCUAUCAUAAUCGUUCUACGCCUUUGUCGCAGACCAUUUCAACUACAACUGAUUCUUCCGAUUAAGCUCCUAUUACCUUCAGACUUUUAAUCCCUU